UCCAAAUAGCCAAUAAUGAAAAGAAGAAAAAAAGACAUGACUGACACCAUAGCAACAAAAAGGAAGUUUACUGCGACUGCCCAGCUUCGACAUCUACACAGCUAAGCCAAUGUUACUAGUUUUAUAGAGAAAAUACGACUGAUAAUUUUUCAUUUGAUUUUAUUUUUUCAUCUGAGGACGACAGCUUCGCGUUGUCAGGGCUUAAUCGUGGCAAGUUAGCCGGACAGGCUAACGACCCGCCUGUUGAAAAUGUUUAAAGCAAAAAUUCUCUUCGUUGGUCCUACUGAGACACAACAGAAAACGUGGCUGGGGAAUACAGACCAACACAAGGAGUCAGGUACACAAGUCCUGUGUUAUAAGAAGAACACUGCACUUAAUUAUUGACUGUUUAAAGUUCCCAUUACAGAUACUAAAGUCAUGUGAUAUGAAUCUCACUGAGUCUGAAACAGUUCACAAAGUGUUUAAAUCCAUGUCCUAUUAUAAAAUUAUAUCGCUUAUUAGACACCAGUUAUCUAAAUGCAGCUGCUCUCUACUGUCUCAAGGAUCCUGGAAUUUGAAUCCCAGCCUGAGGGCAGCGGUGACAAGAUCUGUGAGGUUGAACUUUGGGAUUGUUCAGGAGAUUUUAAAUUUGAAUCUUGUUGGCCUGCACUGAUGAAGGACUGCAGCGGUGUGGUGAUCAUUUUUAAUCCUGAUAUCCCAAGUCACCUCAAAGAAAUCGAGACGUGGCAUUCCAUCUUCAUCUCCACCCAAAGUCUGCAGGAAAACCAGUGUUUACUCAUAGCUCACCACAAGCCUGGGAGUGAGACAGAAAAUGAUCGACUGCCUUUAGCACCAAAUCUGAGCAGGUUGCCACUUAUUCAUUCUGAUCUGGAGGAAGAGCCCGAAGAUAUGCGACAUGCCUUCUACAGAUACUUGGGAAAUGUUGUAAAAGCAAUGUCCGAGAGUCGAGAGCGAGAGGAGAUGUCCAUCAUUACAUAGCAGUAAAAUGUACCAAACACCCAUUUUAGUUAGCAUACGUUUUGACUCGAUCAUCUGAAAUACGUUAGUCAUUACUAAUACCUUAAGAUCUUCAUGAGGUAUUAUGAAACAUUUUGUAGCCCUAAUAGUUUUGGAAAUUGUUUGUAAAUAAAACAUAUAAGGGAUGUCAA